CCGAGCUCACCAAGAAGACUUGUUUUUUUCAUUGUCACCAGUACGUAACACUGGAAGAAAAAAAAGUAACAACCCUCAGAAGUAAAGAUGGGAGCUUGUGUGUCGAGGAAAAGUUCCAAAGAAGAACUAAGGAAAACACUAAAAAGGAGAGGGGUAAUAGCUUCCAAAGAAGAGAAGACACUUUUAACUGCUGAACUGAGGAAGCAACUGAAGACUGUUCAUGGCCAAAGCUCUCUGAGAUUAGCAAUGAUGAAAAUGACAGAAGUCCCAAAUAUUAUUUGGCAGGUAACUGAAGUAGAGAAACUAAACAUGUCACAUAAUUUCCUCCUCAUCAUUAGCCCUGGCAUUGAGAAACUUCAGAAUUUAGUCAUAUUGAAUUUAUUGAGGAAUCAGUUAACUGCCCUGCCGAAGGAAAUCGGAAUGCUGAGGAAGCUGAAGGUUUUAUUUGCCGACUGGAAUUGCCUCAAGGAAGUCCCACCUGAAUUGGACCAGUGCAAUAAAUUGCAAGUACUGAGUCUUUCCCACAACAUGAUCUCAUCUCUCCCUGAGAACUUGGAAGAGCUAAAGAAACUGGAUAAGCUCAAUUUAAACAACAAUCGAUUUGUCCAAUUACCCAUGUGCAUCUACAGGAUGAGAAGUUUAACUUUCCUAAACAUAGGCUGCAACAAGAUUGGAAGUAUUUCUGAAAGCAUUGGCCAACUGGAAAGCCUGAGGAUAUUUAUCGCUGAAGGAAACAGACUUCGAUUUCUGCCUAAAUCCGUCUGCAUGAUACAGUCCCUUAAACUGCUCAAUGUAAACUAUAAUGACAUUGAAAAUCUUCCCACAAAUCUUCCCAUGUUGACAGAGUUGGAAAGGAUAGCCUGCCAUUCACUAGACACAGGGCUUCAUGUCAAAUGCAACCCAUUAUCCAAGCCACUGCCAGAUCUUGUAAAUGAGGGUAUUGAAUCUCUAUUUGAGUAUUUAAAGCCCAGCUGGGACAAUGAAUGACAAAUUUAUCACUAAACACCUGGAGAAUUUGAGUGCACCUUGCAAAAUAGGCUUUUUGGCUGUGAAGUUACUUGAUGCACACAGAUUGCCUGAUUUUAAGUCACAAUGCACAGUAUAUGCACCUUGAAGAGAAUGAGUUUGCAAAGGCAUGUCUUAGAAAACUGAAUUUACUCUUUAAAGACAUUCAAAGACAGAGUAAAUUCUAAAAAUUUUUUUUACAAUUUUACAUAUGUUGUUUGAAGGAUUGUGUUAUUUAGACAGGUUUGCAGAGUGUGUUCUGGAAGUAAAUUAUGAAUUAAAAUAUAUUAGUUAAUAUUUGAUACCAAUUUCAUUGCAGGUCCCGAGAUUUCUGUGUUUCAUCUGAUCACUUGGGGUCAUGCAGAAGGCAAGCCAUGGACAGCAGCACCAUGAUUACCAGGCUUUCACCCCGCCCUACUCUGGCCUUCACCAAUAAUCAUUCAGAAAAUAUGUAACAGACAACUCAAAUAUUUCUUCUUCUCAAAGCAAGCACAUAUAAAUAUUUUGUAUAUAUGCUUAAUAUGUUUUGUACACUUGACUAAACACUUGCCUUUCCUUCUUUCCAUGCGUUCAACAGGUUAUGAGAUCAAGAUACAUCUUGCCUGGAAACUUUUCUUAAUCACAUAUCAACAAUGCCUUUAAAGGUGCUCAUGGUCAAGAUAUGACACAAGCAGCCAUUAAUAAACUUAAUCUAUUUAGUUAGUGUCAGCAAUGAAAGUCAAAUUUCUCCCCCCCUCCCAUAAUUAGGAACAACAUAACUUAAGACCUUGAAAAUUGAUCAAAGAAAUAUAGAAUGGAUUUGGAAAGGAUGGGUCAAGACUGAUGAACUUAUAAAUUGUAUUGAACACUAAAAGAGCAUGCAGGAAAAUGUUAUUUGGUCAGAAGGCAACAGUAAAGUCUUUCACUUGUGGAAAUUAAAGCUUUUAGAAUUAAAGUGAAAUUAGUGAUCUUAUUUGAAACUGGCUGAGAGUCAAAAGACAGAAAAUAGGACAAGAGACAGAAAUUACUAACUACAGUAGGGAGAAGCAAGGGACAUUUGAGUCAGUCAUCAUUAGGGAAAUAGAAGCCGAGAGGGUCAGUAGCUUUAAGUUCCAUGACAUUAAUAUAUCAGUGGAUUUCCCCUGCAAAGAAGGCAUGACAGCAUCUUCACUUUCUUAGAUGUCUGCAAGUCACGAAAAACUGAGACAAACUUCUAUAGAUGCACAAUGGAAAGUAUUCUAUCUCAUUUCAUCAUUUCCUGUUACGAAAGAAAAACAAUGCCCAGGAAUGGAAAAGGCUAAAGAAAGUGGCGGACAUAAUCUAAUCUAUCACAGAAUAGAAUCCCUCCCCAUCAUUGAGUACAUUUACAUGGAGUGGUGACAAACUAAAGCAGCAUCCAUCAUCAAAGACUCCCUCCAUCCAAGGCAUGCCCUCUUCUUACUACUACCACUGGGCAGGAGGUACAGAGCCUUAGGUCCUACAUUGCCAGGUUCAGGAACAGUUAUUACUCUACAACCAUCAAGACUGAGAACCUGUAUGGAUAACUUGAUUGACCAUGACUGUGAACUGAUUCUAUGACCUUACAGAAUCACUUUCCAGGACCCACGUUCUCAGUAUUAUUUUUGUUUGCACAGUUUGAAUUCUUAUGCACAUUGGUUGAUUGUCAGUUUAUGUACGGUCUUUCUCUAAAAAUCGAUUGUAUUUCUUUUUCCCUGUAAAUGUCUUCAAGAAAAUAAACCUCAA